AGGGUUAAAAGGCACAGAGCUGGCUUUCUAGAGAGGACAGGAAGUGGAGGCGGGGGGGGGGCAAGGUCCUCCCAGCAAAAGCCCCUCCCUCGCCAUUCCCGCCUGCAAGCGGAGGGGCUGCUUCCGUCUCCCUCUCUCUCUUGCAAGAGCUGCCUGGGGUCUGGCCCACCACAAGGUCUGAGGGACGGUGGACCGGCCCAUGGCUGGAAAAGGUUGCUGACCCCUGGUCUAUAGCUCUCCUUCUGGAGCCAGAGAGGAUAGUCACUUUCAAGGGCACCAUUUAAGAUGUAGAGGUUUAGCCUGAAGGCUGUUUGAGCCAAGCAGAUGCCUGCAAAGUUUGAUUUCUGAUCUUUGGAACAACGGCGAGGAGACUGGGAGAAUCAGUGCAGUGUGGUCAGCAAAAUGUGAAUUCCAGGCAAGCAGGGCUGUCAUCUCUUCAGCAGGGGGAGACUUCUUUUCACUUGUCCGAGGAGAGGAGAGGGGAACUGUUUCUCCUGCGAAUCGAGUUCCCUCAGGGCCAGGUGGGACUUCUGAGAUGGGGAAGCACAUGGGGCUCUAUUUCCAGGUUGGGCUUCUUCAAGUGCUUGUCAGAGGUUCCUUUUGCUUGCAGGGCAGAUGCUUUGGGGAAUCAGCUACUUGGGGUUGUAAAGAUUCCUUGUAUACUUCUGGUAUACAGGAAUAUUCAGAAGAGUCACUCUCUGCAUCACUUCCACUAUUAUUAGUAAAGUACUAGGGUGACCCUGCUGGGAGUACAAGAUUCCCGAGGGCUUCGCUCACAAGGGUCAUAGGAACGUGCAAGCCCACUCACCACAACAAGGGCCUCUGAGGCUCCAUUUGCUUCUUCCUCUCUCCCAGGACCCUGCAGCUUGUUUUGGCUCCUUGACUCUUCAGGAAGGAUGAAAGAGAUGGAUCCUGCAAAGCUAGUGAGGAUGGAAGGGGGAAGAUGGACAGUUGACCUGGUCAGGCUGUCUCCUACAUCCCUCCUCACAGCCUCUGAGCGUUCCUCUCUAGGCCUCUCAGAGAGAUCUGCAGUAGAAGCAAUGAACUCUGCAUAAGGAAGUCAAGGAGGAGAAUCGUGGGAUCAUGGACCCUCUCGGUGUUGAUGAAUUGGAAAAGAAGAAUGGGGGAGACCAUGACAAAAUCCACACAGUGGAGAAGCCAUAUCAAAAUUGGGAGUAUGGAGAGAGCUCCAGUCAGAGUUCCUGUUCCCAUCAAAGAACUCACAGUGGGAAGAAAGGCUAUCAGUGCUCAGAAUGUGGGAAGAGCUUCAGUCGGAAGGACAAUCUCACUUCCCACAAAAGAAUUCAUACUGGAGAGAAACCCUAUCAGUGCUUGGAAUGUGGAAAGAGCUUCAGUCGCAGCACCCAUCUCACAUCCCACAAAAGAAUUCAUACUGGAGAGAAACCCUACCAGUGCUUUGAAUGUGGGAAGAGCUUCAGUCAGAGCAGCAGUCUCACUUCCCACCAAAGAAUUCAUACAGGAGAGAAACCCUAUCAGUGCUUUGAAUGUGGAAAGAGCUUCAGUCACAGCACCUCUCUCACUUCCCAUCAAAGAAUUCAUACAGGAGAGAAACCCUAUCAGUGCGUGGAAUGUGGGAAGAGCUUCAGUCGGAAGGAGAGUCUCACUUGCCAUCAAAGAAUUCAUACGGGGGAGAAACCCUAUCAGUGCUUGGAAUGUGGGAAGAGCUUCAGUCAGAGAACCCAUCUCAUUUCCCAUCAAAUAAUUUGUACAGGUGUGAAACCCUAUCAGUGCUUAGAAUGUGGAAAGAACUUCAGUCAGAGCAGCAGUCUCGCUUCCCAUCAAAUAAUUCAUACAGGGGAGAAACCCUAUCAGUGCUUGGAAUGUGGAAAGAACUUCAGCCAGAGCAGCAAUCUCACUUCCCAUCAAAUAAUUCAUACAGGGGUGAAACCCCAUCAGUGCUUAGAAUGUGGAAAGAACUUCAGUCACAGCAGCAAUCUCACUUCCCAUCAAAGAAUCCAUACAGGGGAGAAACCCUAUCAAUGCUUGGAAUGUGGAAAGAGUUUUCGUCUGAGUGUGGAUCUCACUUCCCAUCACAGAAUUCAUACAGGGGAGAAACCCUAUCAGUGCUUGGAAUGUGGGAAGAGCUUCAGUCGGAGCAGCAAUCUCGCUUCCCAUCAAAGAAUUCAUACAGGGGUGAAACCCUAUCAGUGCUUGGAAUGUGGGAAGAGCUUCAGUCAGAGGACCCAUCUCAUGUCCCAUCAAAGAAUUCAUACAGGGGAGAAACCAUAUGAGUGCUUGGAAUGUGGGAAGAGCUUCAGAAAGAGGGGAAGUCUCAACCGCCAUCAAAGAACUCAUACAGUGGUACCUUAGGUUAAGAACUUAAUUAGUUCUGGAGGUCGAUUCUUAACCUGAAACUUUUUUUCUUUCAAAAAUGUUAUUAGUUUUUACAAUAUCAACGACAAACAAAAACAUAAAACACACAAAA